AUGGCGCAAGGAACUUUAUCACUCGGUGGCGAACGUAUUACAGGCGAUUCAGUCCGUACUCAAAAUGUUUUGGCAGCUAUGGCCAUUGCCAACAUUGUCCGAACAUCAUUAGGUCCACUUGGUCUUGACAAAAUGAUGGUUGACGACAUCGGAGAUGUUACAAUUACAAACGAUGGUGCCACAAUUCUCAAACUACUUGAGGUUGAACACCCUGCUGCGAAGGUUUUAGUUGAAUUAGCUCAACUACAAGAUCAAGAAGUGGGCGAUGGAACAACCAGUGUCGUUAUCAUUGCUGCGGAAUUGUUGAAGAAUGCUGAUCAACUUGUAAAACAAAAAAUCCAUCCAACAUCGGUGAUUAGUGGUUAUAAAUUGGCUUGCAAAUUAGCGGUGAAAUACAUUCAAGACAAAAUGGUGAUCAAUGCCGAUGAAUUAGGCAGUGAAUGUUUAUUGAAUGCUGCUAAAACAUCCAUGGCUAGUAAAGUUAUCGGAAUGGAUGCCGAUUUCUUUUCGAAAAUGUGUGUUGACGCUGCGAAUCUAGUUAAAUUCAAUGAAAAAGACAAAGUUGUUGUACCAAUCAAAGCGAUCAAUGUGCUCAAAGCACACGGUCGAUCAACACGGGAAAGUAUUUUAAUAUCAGGUUAUGCAUUGAAUUGCACGGUGGCAUCACAAUUAAUGACAAAGAAGAUCAGCAAUGCCAAAAUCGCUUGUUUGGACUUUAGUUUACAAAAAGUUCGAAUGAAAUUAGGCGUACAGAUUGUUGUCGAAGAUCCCGAGAAACUUGAAGCGAUUCGUAGACGAGAAACUGAUAUCGCCAAAGAACGUGUCGCUAAAUUACUCAAUGCUGGAGCCAAUGUUAUUCUAACAACUGGUGGUAUUGAUGAUCUUUGCUUGAAACAAUUCGUCGAAGCAGGUGCCAUGGCUGUUCGUCGUUGUAAAAAAGCUGAUUUAAAACGUAUCGCCAAAGCUACAGGAGCAACAUUGUUAACCGCUCUGGCCAAUAUGGAAGGUGAUGAAUCAGUUGAUGCAUCUGUCAUUGGUAGUGCCGAUGAAGUUGUUCAAGAACGCAUUUGUGAUGACGAACUCGUUCUUAUUCGUGGACCAAAAGCACGUACAGCUGCAUCGAUAAUCAUUCGUGGUGCAAACGAUUUCAUGUGUGAUGAAAUUGAACGUUCCGUUCAUGAUGCAUUAUGUGUUGUUAAACGUGUUCUCGAAUCAAAACAAGUCGUACCAGGUGGUGGUUGCUGUGAAACAGCUCUCUCAAUCUAUUUGGAAAACUUCGCUACCACAGUUAGUUCACGUGAACAAUUGGCUAUUGCAGAAUUUGCCUCCGCGCUUUUAUCAAUUCCUAAAGCAUUGAGUGUUAAUGCUGCACAAGAUGCUACGGAACUUGUUGCUAAACUUCGCGCCUAUCAUAACGCAUCUCAAACCCAAAAGGAUAAAGAGCAAUUAAAAUGGUUCGGUUUAGAUCUUCAAGCUGGUAAAAUCCGGGAUUGUAAAUCCGGCGGUGUUUUCGAGCCAGCUAUAUCGAAAAUCAAAUCAUUGAAAUACGCAACCGAAGCGGCUAUAACAAUUUUACGUAUUGAUGAUAUGAUUAAACUCGACAAAGAAGAAAAGAAAGGUCGACAUGGUGAUGAAUGCAUGUAA